CUGGUCGCGGCAAGAGCAGACUGGUGCGGUCGCUGACCAAGUCUGGAUCGGCCUGUUAUAUGUUAUACAAACGCGCCAACUCUGUUACAAUGUGUAAGUUCGCGACCCUCCUUUUAUCGGUGCUCGUAUCGUGUUCGCAAUCUAGGGAAGAACCAGUGGCUAGUGAUUCCUGCGGUGUCCUGGAGAGAGAAGUGUCCUUGGCAGAUCUCAAUACUGAGAUACUUCAUCCUCCACCUCUCACAGGAAAAUGGGUGUCUCAGAGAUGUGAGGUGAGACCUGGACCAGAGUUCUUGCUGCGUAGUCACACGUUCCUACCCAACGGAACUUUCCAUCUGAUAGAGUUCCACUAUGGCGACGAGUCCUGCUCCCAACCACUGUACUCGUUGUCAGGAUACGGUCAGUUCUGGCCGCGAGGACGAUCCUGGCUCGCGCCUGGUGGUACCGACGUCGACUACGCCCUUGCCCGGGUCACCGUCACGGCCCACAAUACCGAGAUGGCAGAAAACCUGGCAUCCAGGAUCAACGCCACUUGUCCCGGCCAAGUACGGAGAAGAUGGCGUCCUUACCGAGAGCACGUCAUCCUCACUCAACCAGAGCACUGGGGUCCUGACAAUUUGUCGCCUCUGGUCGCCUUCAACUCCUUCAGGAAAAGGAACCCUUUGGCUAUCAAUUCUCUUGGGAAACACAAGGCGAAUUUGAUACCGCCUGAGAUAAUGCAGUGUUUAUCUGCUCUGCACGCAACUUUCUAUGAAGUUCAGUUGGUGAGGGUUCAGCGGCGACCCCAUGGACCUCCGGAUCCCCGCCCUCUCUCGCGCCGCCCCUGGCUGGAGCUACUCUUAGGGGAUGUUCAAUCUAGCUCUGGCCAAAGCUCCAACUAUCGACCCACCUCCUUCCAGACUCCUCUCUUGCGUACAGACCAGAUAGGUGGAUGUGACGUAUGCCAUGCCGUGUCCAAGGGGUGGGAGAGGGCGCCACCCCAGCUUCUGUCGCAACCCCGAUUGCCCCCUCUGCUCGCUGGGGAAUGGACUUCCGCACGCUGUGAGAGCCGACCUUUGGGCAUCUUCCUCAGCCGCAGACUUCUGGUGAUCGGCCAUCAGUGGAGUGCCACCUACAGGUUUUUCAGUGACCCCAAAUGCACGCAGGCUACUCUCACCGCUUCUGUAAGGGGUCACUUUUCCCAGACACCGGGCCCCUCCAGGGUCCAUGGGGCCGCCGACUUCGACUUCCACGUGGAAGGAGCCUCGGUUAUCCUGCUGGAUCAAGGGCUAAGGGACAGCCUCCAGCGGAGUGGAGGUUGUGGAACGGAGGAGGAGUGGAAGGUUGGUGUGCCAAGAGACGUGACCCCCUGGCAUGGCUGUUCCCCCUUGGGUCUCCUUGUGCCAUCCGUACAGUACGAGCUGGCCCGAGUGGAGAUAUCCCCACGGGGAACACCUCUGCUAUUCCUGGGACAAUCGGACGCCAGCAGCGCCCCAUGGGGACCUCGCGAGCGCCCUACUGCCUUCCAGCCGCCCUUGGUCCAGUGCUCGGGCGAGCUUCCACUCUUCAGCCACUUCCUAGGAUCUUCAGCCAUCUCGGGACAGACCAGUUGCCACCAGAAGUCUUUCGCGUCUCUAAUAUUAACCGUCCUCAUAGGAACAAUGGUUUCGAGAUAGUAGGGAACAGUGUACAAUAACAUAGUACAGUAACAUAGUUCUGGAGACUCCAGUUCUGGUUCGUUGGAUUCGUACAUUUCACGCAAUUCUAUUGGUAGAGGUCCCCGCGACAGUAAUGAAAAAGAUGAAAGCAAAAAGAUAUUGAUGGUCUUUGUUUAAAGUUUUUUUUUGACGAUGGAAGGAUUGUGAAAGAAACAUGAUUAUCUGGACAUUUGCCAUCGUUCAGUGAUACAAAAAAUCACUAAUACUACGUUUCGAAAUCAGACUGCAGAUGUUAUGUGUUAGGUUAGUCAUUUACCUGAAGAAGAGAUUAGAUUGCAGAUCUCGUAACGUAGAGUUACUGAUUUUUUUUGUAUCACUGAACGAUGGCAACUUGCUGGUGCUGCUCGUGAUUACUAACGGUAUGUAUGAAGCUGCAUUGAAGUUUGUAUGAUCAAUAAGUAAAACAAACCUAAAGAAGAUUUUAGAAGGAAUAACAGUUUCUUUUCAUAUAACAAUCGGGAUUGAAGUACUUAUUUUGUAACUGUAUUAAGGUAAAUAUUCGAGACUUUUUCAUCAGAUUAUCCUGACCCUCAUGAUUCCUCAUCACCAAAUUAACAAGCACAUUAAUGUUGCCAUAUACACGACCAAUAUCUCAAGUCUGAACUUUAGAUACAACACUAAUAGGGAGUUGAUUGAAAAAUGAAGAUUCCUAGAAAUGUGACUUAUCAUUUAUUCGUGCACAAGAUAGGUCACCCACGAGUAUUUCGAUCCUUAAAAUAUCCUGGGUGUAAAAGAUACAUGGGUGAAGGGAGGGGUGCAGCGGGCUUAGGCCUCCGAAAUUUUGAAAGAUAAACAUUAAUAUUGCAGCCAGUAGUUUGUUUUAAGCUAAAACACAUUUAUAAGGUCGUAAGCUUAAUAAUUUACCGGGGAAAGAUUCCCCAGCCCGUGCUUUUAGAGUAUAAGUUAAACGUAGUAAACCCCCCAGUAUCUCAGCUCCCUCCGAAAAAAUGUACUAAAUUCGCCACUUGAUCCUAUUUCAAUGCAGUUUUCAAAUUCGAUAAUUACACUACCCAAUUAUGAGUGGAAGCUUAUAAUUGAACAUAAUUAACGUUUAAUUUUGAGGUUUCGCGACAAAGACUCUUCAUUUAUUACGUUUAAAUGUAUAAAAUGGGAAAUUCUCGCAUUCUCGGAAAUGGAUAUAGCCUAUCUACUCCUGAUCAGGCCUUCUCAACUGUGCACUUGAAGUACAUUAGCAGUUCUAAGACAAAUAUUCUGAUGAAGCAAUAUUCUAAUCGAUCUAAAAGUCGAUUGAGAAUAUUGCGAAAAUCGUAGUUUAUGUAAUUGAACACGGUGCUGUACAUACGUUUGUAAAUAUGUUUAUAAAUCGUUAGUGUAAUGCUUAUACGUAAUAUUCAAGCCAAUGUAACAUUAGAGUUUUAAUUUGUACAUUUACUUGUAAAAUUUGUAAAUUGUAUUAAUAAAUUGUAUCUAUGUUU